UCUUUGGCCUCUGUUUGGCCUUCAGGAUUUCACCCUUUCAGACAUACAGUAGCAAUUGGCUUGCGAGACGUCGCCAACACAGACAGCACAGAUACAACACAGACAGCAUGUCAAGUCCACCGGCAAAGUCCUCCGGGACGCCAUACACCUUCCUGGACGUCCAUGACCAGGCCUCCCCGCUGUCGUCGUUGCUGAUCAAUCCUGGAAACGAUGUGAAACGGACGAGUCGGCCAAAGACUUUCCGGCCGGAGCCUCCUUCCGAAUUGAUGUCCCGCGUAGCAGCGUUCCUCCCACAACUCUCCGCCGCGAACACGUCCCUUCUCGCUCAACUCUCCCAAAACCCCGAGGCAAGAGAGAACGUGGACAUCGAAGGAGUCGAUGAGGAUGAUGAGCAGUACAUCGAGAUGAACCUCGGCGUAGGGGUCUUCGAUACAAAGCCAGAUGCACCAACACCGAGCACAAUCAGGCCUGAAGACAUCGUCACAACGUCUGCCAUAGACACCGAUGCAGCCGGAACGAGGGACGUGAACAUCGGCGAUUUGCUGGCUUUGGGUGGGGACGAGAGACCUAUGAUUGAGGUUCUGGGCGGAGGGGUGGGCGUUGAGAGCGGGAGUGGGAGUGAGGGGUCGAGUUGGGGGGAGGAGAGCGCGGAUGAAGAGGAAGAAAGCGGUGAGGAGGAGAGCGAUAGUGCAAUGGAAGAUGUGUCGAGCUGAAGGCGCCGGUCGUCCGGAGUUGCGACCGGCCCGACUGGGUUGGCUGUAUUUAUUGAGUCUUUUUGGAGAUGCGUUGACGUAGGUAGCAUUUUGCAGAUCCGCAUGUAGAAGCCCCACUUCCAUUUGAAGCUCUCGAUAUA